UUUAAAAACAAAUAUGUUGGUGCUGAAAACCCUCUCGCAUGUCUUUCUCUCUUUCCCUUCCAUCAUCCAUCCUCCAACGAUAUUGUCGCCAUCCACAACCAUCUCUGAUCCAUGGUAACUCUCUCACAACUCCUUUUUCCAUUUCAUUCCUCACCUUCACUUACAAUUCACUAUCUUUCAAUUCAAUUUCUGAUAACAUUGUUCAGCAGUUUCAUUUUGCCUGACACCCAUUUGAUGAAAUGCUUCACCCAAGUCUCAAACUCUAAAUCUAACUCUAACAUUGCCCACAACCUGAUUUAACACUUACCAUUGAUUGUUCCUCCGGAUUCAGUGUAGUUUGUUCCACUCAUAUUUCUAUGCUUGCUAUUGAAUCAAGAUGUUUGUUAUGAUCAACUAGUAUUGUAUUCAACUUUCCAAAAUCUGUCACUUUUUUAAGAUUUUUUAAAGAUUAUGGCUAGUAAAACUUUGUUUAAGUGGCCGAAGCAAAUUACAAAUUCAUUAGUUGAACAGCUAAUAAAAGCAGAAAAGGAUAUAAACAAAGCUGUCGUUAUGUUUGAUUCAGCAACUGAUGAGUAUAAAAAUGGAUUUCGUCAUGAUCACAAAACUUUUGGUGCAAUGAUCUAUAGGCUAGUUUCUGUGAACCAGUUUAGGCCAGCAGAAGGAAUGUUGGAGAGAAUGAAGCAAGAAGAUUGUGAGGUUACUGAGGACAUAUUUUUAACUAUAUGCAGAGGUUAUGGACGUGUGCAUAGGCCGCUUGAUGCCAUUAGGGUUUUCCAUAAAAUGGAAAAAUUUCAGCUUAGGCCCACACAAAAGUCUUACCUUACAAUAUUUGAUAUUCUCGUGGAGGAAAACUAUGUGAAAAGGGCUAUUGGUUUUUAUAAGGAGAUGCGAGAAAAGGGCAUUCCGCCGAGUGUUGUUUCCCUCAAUAUUUUGAUCAAGGCACUGUGCAAAAACAAGGAAACUGUUGAGUCUGCUUUCCGGAUAUUUCGUGAAAUGCCCAAUCGUGGAUGCCAGCCUGAUUCCUAUACAUAUGGUACAUUGAUUAAUGGGUUGUGCAAGCUUGGAAAAAUCAGUCAGGCAAAGGAACUGUUGGAUGAGAUGGGGGAGAAAGGUUUGUCGCCGUCUGUUGUUAGCUAUACUAGUUUGAUACAUGGCUUGUGUCAAUCUAAUAAUUUGGAUGAAGCUAUAGAAUUGCUUGAAGAGAUGAUAAGAAAUGGUAUUGAGCCAAAUGUUUUUACUUACAGUUCUUUGAUGGAUGGUUUUUGUAAAUGUGGACAGUCAUCACAAGCAAUGGAGUUGUUAGAAGUGAUGGUUAGAAGACGUCAUUCGCCUAACAUGGUCACUUAUAGUACUUUAAUCGAUGGACUGUGUAAAGAAGGAAAGCAUAGAGAAGCUGUUGAGAUUCUUGAUAGGAUGAGGCUUCAAGGAUUGAAACCAAAUGCAGGGAUGUACGGGAGAAUCAUAAGUGGUCUCUGUGCAGAAAGCAGCUAUCAAGAAGCUGCAAACUUCAUUGAUGAGAUGGUUCUUAGUGGUGGUAUCUCACCUAAUCGAGCAAGUUGGAGUUUUCAUGUCAGAAUGCAUAACAUGGUGGUCCAAGGUCUUGGUAAUAAUAUUGAUCCACCUCGCGCAUUCCAAUUGUAUCUCAGUAUGCGUACUAGAGGCAUAUCUGUUGAGAUUGGCACUUUUGACUGUUUAGUCAAAUGCUUUUGCAAGAGAGGAGACCUGAACAAAGCUGGUCGGAUUUUGGACGAGAUGAUACUAGAUGGCUGCAUUCCAGAUGAGGGAAUAUGGAAUGUAUUAAUGUGUGGACUUUGGGAUCGGAAAAAAGUGAGAGAAGCCACUGAGCUAUUGCUGGCUGAGCUGAAGCAGAAAUUUGUUGAAGCUGAGAAUUGAAGUUGGUUAGUCCGGAUGAGAGAAAAUGGAAUGUACUAAUGUGUGGACUUUCUCUGGGGAUCAUUGCUUCCAUGAUCAAGGAUAAAGGUUCAAACUGUGACGUAGAUUUGCUGUGCGCAAUCGGAGGCUGACUUAAUACUUCUUGGUUCUUGCCCAACUUCUUUUGAAAUUUUAAUGAGGCAAAUACUUGUUGGAAAAUGAUUUUCCAGGGUUCUGGUCUACUGGGUAAAGGUAAACACAGGUUUGUCUACUGUCAUCGGGGUGAAGUGCAUGUCUCCGGGAAGUGAUGGAAAACCGAAAAUGAAGGCAAAAUCAUUUGUAUCUGAUAAAUACAAAAUUCUUUUGUAGAUAGCUUCUCAAUAUUGAAAGUGAAAACAGAGCUUUCGGUUUUCUCUUAACUUGAAUGUCUUAUCUCUAGUCUAGUAUUGGAAUUGACAUGUGAAAAGCUAAGCAAUGAUUCUGCAAAGCUAAGCAAUGUCUGUGCAUGACUUCUUUCAUGGAAGGCCUACUAUAAGGCAACGUUGCAGCACACAUGACUCUUAAGUUUGAAAACUGUGCACAUUUCAUCCAAGUAACGAGCUUUCAUCACAUCUUUGUCUAGCAACUCUUCGACAUUGCUUUCAACAAAAUUUGACGCCACACCCACUUCGAAAGAGACGAGUGUUGGUCUCCAUACCAGUUGUUAGUUCCAAUAGGACAACUCCUCCGGCACAUCAAUCUUUUCACUAACUUUUGUUGUUUGAACAUAUUCUAAAAUUCAAGAAUGAAAUAACCCUUGUAAGUCUAAACUUAAUGCCUAUAGAAAACUAGACACAA